GCAGUUGUCGCGUAGAGCGCGGGAUGUUAACAUGUUUGAGUUGUGUGCGCGGUCUGUGGCCGUACUCUGGAUUAUUUUCGCCGUUCGAUUCUGCUGUGCAAGAGGUUUGCUGAGAUCUCCGGAUUUAGGUAUAGAUUCGGAUUGCUGCACACAAACAACGGGAUCUUGUCGUAGUGCUUGUGAACAGCUGAUGCUCGUGACAACUCAUGCUGAUGCCGAAGUGAGAGACCAACGACUGUUAGAUGUACAUAAUUUCUGCUCUCCCAAUUUGAGGAAGAAAAUGCAGGCUUCCUUCUGGAACUGCAUGAAUGAAACAUUGAAAGAACUGAAUAGAGUGGAGCAAUGGUCGGGCUCGGUGUGCUGUUCUCUGCCGCACUCAGAGAAAUGCCAACAAGCGUGUGUUUCGGCAGGCUCCCGCCAUGAUCUGAUACCAAAUUGUAGGCAGAGUGACGAAAUAUCAUUCUUCAACUGCCUUGACAGACAGCAGGUGGGAGAAGACUGCUGUGGAUCGGCGCGAAAUGCCGAGUGCCAAACUGCGUGCCAAACGGUGUUCAGAUCCGAGCUGACUCCGAAUCGCGAGGCGCGUGAAAACCUAUCAGUCGCCUGCAGCGAUUCUAGUCCUAGAGUUAUGUCCUGUAUAAAUAAUUUUAUUAGAGUGUCUACCGUCAGCAAUGCUCAUAAGUAUUUACAUUGCUGUGAGAAAACAACCAAAGUCGAUUGUAGAGAAGCGUGUCGUACAAGUUUACGAACAAAAUCUACUGAUCAAGAAAUUAUUGAUAGUUUACAAGAAGGUGGCUGUGGACCGCCACUCCUACAUGAGGCCCUAUGGCAGUGUUUCCUGCAAGGAGGCGAGGCGGUACCCAGCUCGUUGGAGUCGUCGAGAAUCGAACGCAUGGGCAUGGAUUCGGCCAAAAUGCACUGCUGCUUCAAAGCCGUUCAGCCAUCCUGCCGCCGUCUCUGCCUCAAGACAUUCUCCAAUGAGUGGACGCGGUCUUGGGAAGAGUUUGCCAAAGAAUGUCUCUCGCAGUUGACUGAAGAUAAACUGCUUCAGUGUCUUGAUGAGGUUGAAGAACCUUGUGAACUGGGUUGCGAGGGGCUCAGCUACUGCACCAAUUUCAAUAACAGGCCGACCGAACUUUUUCGAAGUUGCUCGUCGCAGGCGGAUGAAGCGGCUCGCUAUGACGUGGCGCUGUGGCAGCAGAAGGGCUUCCUCAGCCUUCCCGGCCUCAAUCUGCACGUCCGCAACAUAUCUCGCUGCUCGCCGCACAUGUGGAAGGCUGUUGCUUGCACCCUGCAGAUAAAGCCCUGUCACAGGCAUUCACAUGCUAACAGAAUUUGCAGGGAUGACUGUUUUGAGCUGCUGAGUCACUGCGUUGAUUGGGCCAAGAUGCCAGGCUACUCGGCGGCUUCGCUUUGUGCUCGUCUCUCUCCAGACAAUCCCAUUAUUCCUUGUAUAUCAUUAUCACCCUACCUUGCACCUUCUGAUCACCCAUAUCACCCACCACACGAUCAGCUCACCCAGCCCUGCAAGGGCGAUCCUUGCAAUUCUAGUCAAAUAUGCCAGGUUAACAGAAACUGUCACCACUCCAACGGAUGUCAACCAUACCAAUGUUUUCAAGGCUGCAAACUGGGAGAAGUAUCGCAGUACACGGUGCCGGCUGGGUCGUAUGUACGCAUUCCAGUACCGAGCGGCCAGAAGGGUUGCCUGAAAAUAUGCCAGUGCUCAUCUCUAGGAACAAUUGAUCAAUGUCAGCCGAUGCCCUGCUUUCCUUUGGACUCGUGCUGGCUCGGCAGCAAGAAAAUUGAUCAUGGAUCCUGGUUUUACAUGGAAUGCAACUUAUGCAGCUGCUAUGCUGGUGAAAUAUCAUGUUCGAAAAAGCAGUGUGAAGUCUCCUCUCUUUCUGUGAAGGACUCAGCAUACACAAGUCUGCCAUGCAAUUGUCCACCUCAUCAUGUACCAGUAUGUGGCAGAAAUGGAAACACGUAUCCAAGCUCAUGCCUUGCCAAAUGUGUUGGAUUAUCAGAUGCAGAUUUCGAGUUUGGAGCUUGUGAGAGUAAAAACCCAUGUGCAAGCAAUCCUUGCAACGAAAACGAAGUUUGUAUCCCAGAUAGACAAGUCUGCUUGUCUCUUCUACACAAACCAUGCCAACAAUAUUCAUGCGUUAAUGCCAGAAACUCGUGUAAAGACCUUCCUUAUGAUCCAGUUUGUGAUACAAGCGGUCAUGAACAUCAAAAUAUCUGCUUCCUCUUGCAACAUGGAAAAACGCUUGACUAUCACGGUCCAUGUCUGUAUUCUUGCAAGAGAACAGGAACAGUGUGUGGCAUUGACGGCAACACGUACGCGUCAGAGUGUGCCGCCCUGGCGCGUCGCGUUACCGUCGACUACGUGGGCACAUGCAUGACGGUGGGGCUGAUCGGCGACCACGCUGAGCCACAGUGCCGUCACGUCGCUGUCGUCUGUCCCCCCCUCGCACGGCCCGACUGUGUCGGCAUCACGCCUCCCACCGCCUGUUGCCCCGUCUGUGCCGGCGCUGUCAACCUCUUGUACAGCCAGAAACAGGUGGACCGAGCGCUGUACGCGCUGCGUGGCAACAGCAUGAGCGCCCUGACCGUCGAAGCAGUGCUGAGCGCCCUGGAGCGACAGAUACAGGUGGCCGAGUGUGUGGUACGCGGCAUCCUCACCGUCCAACUCGACAUUCUAGUCCUAAUCACGCCCACCGACAAACACGCGUCCGCUCUCCAAUUCGAGGCGUGCGUCCGCGAGGCAGAAAAACUGUCCAGUCUGGUGAGACGUAGCAGUCCACGCAUGAUGAGCGAACUGAGCCUCAGCGCUCUGACCGCGGCGGCAGUCGUUCACUCGGUCACCUACAACACCGCCUCAGUGCUGCUCUCUCUCGACUUGCUCUCUCUCUCGCACCUACUCGCGCCCUCGCUCUUCCUCCUGCUCAGGUGGUCGCACUACCCACCCUAGUCUUUGCUCUCCUCACGAUCCUUGUUGCAUCGUUUCCUGUUGUUAUCUGUGAAUAAUUAUAUGUACCCUUUUUGAUACUACAGUUUUCUAAUCAAAUCAAACUAAUUCGAGUUGCAGCGCGAGUGUUUUCUGUAGAAUAAUACUUCUAUUAACUAUUCGUGUACCUAUAAUAAAAUAAAAACAAAAUAUCUAGGAUUUUUUAUAGGUUUAUUCGAACAAAAGUUGUGUUUUCGUUAGUAGUAUUUUUAAUUUAUUUAAAAACCAAUCGUUUUUCUUAGUUAGAAGUAAGAAAAAUAAUAUUUUGUUUUUUAUUUUCUUAUGGAUCAAUACUACAGCAUCUCUGAAACUGGGUUUCUUCUUGUGUAUGUUUAUGUUUUGAUGUAUAAUCAUAUUCAAUUAAUAAAUGUUGAAUGAGGCAUCGGGUGGAUAUAUCUGUGUUGUAACUAUUGUGGGUAAUUUACUCCCAUAUAAUAGUUUGUGGAUCAUGAGUAAAUUGUAGAUAACAAGACUUGGCCAAACCAUAACAGUGAAGGAUUGUGUGCAUCAAGAACUACUGAUUUGAGAUCACGUUCUUUCAAUAAUUUACAUUAAAAAUCAAGAACAUAUCCAACUAAUGAGUUAUAAUCAGGCAUUGCGUUCAUUUUUUUUUACUUUUUGACAAUGAUAAAAAGAAGCAUUCUUGAAUAUUACGCCCUGGCCUACUGUUACGCAACACUACGAGGGAGGGUACAUAACAUAUAAGCGUUACUCCCUAUUACAAAGGGUAGAUAACAUUUAAAAAAUGACACCAUCAUAAAACUUGCAAAGCCGGUGAGGGAUAUUUUCUUAAGCCUGGUUUGAAGAAGUUCAAUAAUGUUUAUUUAUUUAUUUAUUUAUUAUUCACAAUGGAGACAACGGGUCUCUCCAAAUGAGUCUCCUUGACAAUGAAAAUUGUACAGAUACAAAUGAAAAAAAGAAAAAUAAUGAUAAAAAUAAUAUGAACUUAUGCAAUAAUAACUAAUACAAACAACAAAAAUGCCACCUAAUUCAAAAAUGAAAAAUACAAAGAUUUCAAAUACCUACUUAUGAAAAAAGUAAAAAUAAAACAAAUUGAGAAUUCAAAAUUCUAAAAAUAAAAAAAAAAAAAAGAAUAUAAUAAAAAAUAAU